AUGAAAGAAUUAAAUGGAAGCACCUUCAAAAAAAUGGCAUAUUUAGAGGAACUGUAAGUGAAUGUGGAAAUAAUGUUUUUGAAGGCAUUGCUACUCGUAGAAACAAAGUUGCGCAAUUUAUAAUUUCCCACUGCAGGAUCUCAAUGUAUUAAAUUCUUUUUUGUGACUCAUACUGUGCAAUGACACAGAAUCAGAUAAUAGGAAAGCACUGAUAACUUUUCGAAAUCAGUCAGAUUUUAAAAGUUAGGAAAGGUUUAAAUUCUCACUGCACUCAAGCGAGACCUCUUUUGUCAAAGAAUUUCUCUGGAAAAGUUUUAUCAAUAUAUCUUCUGAUGCAAAUCAUUGCUCCAAGUUGAUAAAAAUUGAAGAAUUGAGGUAAAGUGAAGAUUAAUUCUUAACACUGCAUCAGCUUGAGAAACCAUUAUCAGUUUGUUGAUGUUGUCCUUCUAAAAUUUUGUUACAUCAUAUAAUCCGUCCCACUCCUACGUACGCCAUGCUCUCGAGCGUAUUAUUUUCCAGUUCAGCCCUCCCACUCGGUGAAUAACUACGUAGAACUUUAUCGUAUGGCAUUGCUUCGAAUGACAUUGCAUUUUGUUGUGAUGUAUGAUCAGACACAUGUAAUUAUUUGUUUUAUUGUGUUUCGCACGAUACAGUUAUUAGAAAUAACUGUGUUUUGGUUUUUAUUCUGCCAUUCUUUUAUUUUUUUAAACAUUUUAUUUCUUUAGUUGGUUCAGACUUCCCAGUAAAACUAAGUAGAUUUCUCUUCUUCAACGCAGAUGGUUGCAAGACAACAACUUCACUGAAUUGCCUCCCGAAUUAUUCCAAGAUCUAAAAAGACUGAAGGAACUGUAAGUUACAUGCAGACGCUUUUUAGCUAUUUAGCUCUGUAACAGCGGUUAAGGGAUGAUUAUUAGCAUUUAAUGUCACCUCCCUUCCAAAAGAAGCCUGCUCGUGUGAUUAUAUUGAUAAUAAUAAUCUAGUAACCCUAUUAUUGCGUCAAUAACUAUACGAGAUUAGAGGAGAUAUUUCCAUUUUCAAAUUUUUCUGAUAUUGCCUUCAGCACUAAAAACGGAAAGAAACCAAUUGAACCAUCUCAAACUGUAUCGUCAUUGUUGUUUUGAUAAGCAGAAUAGAAGAUUUUCAGUCAUACAGCAACGAAAUCGAUUCAUGCCAUAGAUCGUGUCUAGUCAUUAAAUAGUUUUCUGUUGUGAACUAGUUAGGUGUCUGCACAAAACACGGGCUCGAUGAUUUCUUCACUGAGUAAUUCACUGGAAUAGGAGAGAUAAUCAGCUUCUACCAGCCUCAGAUAGCAGUGCUUAGGGUGCGAUCAAAUUUCAACUUGUCAAGUGGCUAUUCCUUUUCUGUAAAAUUAGCGAGCCAGCCAUGGCGAUUGCACUGCAUUAACUGUUCCUUUCUCUUUUUUAUAUUACGCACUUUGCUUGUACACGAUUACUUUUAGCUCCUUCAUUAUUCUUAAUGGCCAGUGUCUGUAUGUAUUUUUUUUAACGAAUUUCAAAUAACAUUGUGAAUUAAGACGCACUUUCUUGUCUUGUCAUUCCUAUUAGCUAUCUGUCUAACAACAAAUUGAAGACUCUACCAGAUGGAAUUUUUAACAGCCUCUCCAGUCUGAAAUAUCUGUGAGUACAGUAAUCAUUCAACAAAAGAAAAAAUGUGAAAAGAGGUCAAUGAAUUUUUCCAAGAGCACAUUUCUCAAAGCUGCGUGGCCAUAUUCAGUUAACAGAAACAUGUAAAGUAAAACUGAAAGGUCUGAAGUGUAUAUAAAUCGAAAUUUGCGAGCGCUCAUGUUUUUUUACUGAAACAGCACAGUUCUGGUGAUAAAAAUGAAUAAAUUGCUAGAUGAAAGUACGCUAAAACAGGUCAUUUAUUAUGAGGAGAGCGAAAGAAAAUAAGACCCACAACCCCUGGGUCAUUCUCCUCCAUAAGGAUUAGUAAAAAAUUCUAUGGAUAAUUUUUUGUCUCCCUGUCAUGAAGAAUUCAUGGUCAAUUUUUGUAAAGCUGUUUAAACGAAUUUUAGAAUGCUACAUCACGUUGAUGUGCUUUGGUGAGACAAAUUGAGGUACUUAGAGAUUUUAUUCUAUGAAUCAAUAUUGGUAAUUUCAUGAUAUAUUUGUAACUAUGGUUGUUAUUACAUUUUAGGGAUUUGUCAAGUAAUGAAAUUGGAUAUCUACCGCCAUACAUCUUUAAAAAUAUUACAGCUGUAAGACUUCUGUAAGUGAUAUUCUCCUUAAGUUGAGAUAAAUCAAAAAUUAUCUUUGAGAGUUACCUUGCAAUUACAACAAGAAGCGAGGAAAUCGGCUUCCUAGUUUAUGACAAUUUACAUUUCUUAUAUAUUUUAGGCAGCUAAAAAUUUUUUGUCUUGCAAUUAUUUUUUGUGACAGAAGCUUAGAAUUUGUUGACGUAGAUCCUAAAGCAACCCAAAUAAUAUAAUUUUGUAAAAAUCGGCAAUAGACUACUUACGAUUUUUCAAUUCAGCUUUAAACAACACAGGGCCCAGUUGUUCAAAGGUCGAUUAGCCCUAACCCAGAAUUGAAUUUUAAUUCAGGUUUCUUUAUUUCUUUGUCCAAGAGUCUUUAAGGGAAAAUUUUCACCAUUCUUUUUAGAACAUCCAAUGAUCAAAUUGGAAGCAAAAAAGACUUGAACUGAAUUUUCUCUUAAAGCUUUCAUACCUGAAAUCAAAUCUCACACUAACCCUGAGUUACCCUAACCCAGCUUUGAACAACUCGGGCCAGACCUCGAGCAGAGGUUUCUGGUAAUAAACUCUAAAUUUUCUCUGACCUGAGAGCAUUAAAGUUGCAUGUAGCUCUAAUGUUUUCUUUUUUUCUAUGAUAUUCAAAUAUCAAACCUGGGAGUUAAUCGUACUGCAGUAAACUAAGAAGAUAAUUAAGACAAAAGUAGAUUUAAAGAUAUCCCUUCAUGUGUGUAUUUCAGUCUGACAUCUGCACCGCGCUUUUUCAGGAAAAUGGACUACAACAAAAUUGAGAGGCUUCAUGAAGAUCAAUUCCAGGGCUUAGUGGAUUUGUUCGAGUUGUAAGUACAUUUAGAUUUUAAAUGGUAAUUUUUCAUUAUGAUCUGUUACAAUCUAAAGCAUAUUUUAGAACCAGCCCAUUCAUAUGAAUUUUGAAAAAAACUCAUUCAGUGAAUAAAAGUUGACAUGGAAAUGUCUACAAAUUAACCAUAUUUAUAUGGAGAGAGGUAAUACCCAAAGAAGCGCAUGAUUAUCAUAUAUUAGCAAGGUUUUUCUUUUUAACGUUUAAGCGAUAAACGGCUCAAGUGCACCGAGAUUUCUGUUUAUAUUCGUCCUUCAGAUUAUAGAGCCGCAAUGAUAAAGUUAACUUGAAAGGAAAAGAGCUUUUUGGAACGAAGAAAAAAUGGCUCCAAUUUAGCUGAGUCUAUAAAUUUUGAUUUUGAGGACGAAGGUUUGGAUUAAAACGGCCAUGCGAUUAAUUUUCUGAGGAAAUUAAUUUGUACAGAUAUUAGUUGGAACAGAAAAUCAGGAGCCAUAAAAGGGAACACCCUAGUAAAUAUAGUUAGUAUCCUCUAUUUGUAAUAGCCUGUAUAAUAAAUGGAACACAAUCUUUGUCACCAGAUCUAUAUAAUUGUUAUAUAGUUUUGAUAUCAGUUUUGCUGUUUAAAUUAGAUAUGCCAUGCCUAGUUAUUCUAUGUUACUUGUAUAUUAAUUUAAAUUCCCCCUUACCUGUUUCAGACAUCUCUCGGAGAACAGAAUCGAGGCUUUGCCUGACAAGAUUUUCGAGGGCGUUAAGGACCUCAAGGGCCUGUGAGUACAGCUGAAAACAUACGAAACAAUUUCUUAAAUUAACGCUUUCCAAACUAUUUUGUGUUUUCCAAAAUAGCGUUUUCCGCCAAAAAUGGCUUAUUUAGGAGUAAAAUUAGUGUCAAUUCCGCAAAAAUACGUCGAAUAACACCUUUUUUUUAAAGACCUAGAGGGAGGGUGACCUCAAAGUGGCACUAUCUAGGCAGAAAGCACGGAAAUGUCUCAUAAAUGAUAGCACCAGAAAGACUUCGAUUUUCACGGAGGAAGGAAAAGGGUCGUUUCAAAAGGGCAAAACUUUGUUUAAUUCCACGGACAGUUAAAUGUCAAGGCAUUUUACCCAUACAAAUAUUCCAUUUUCCACUGCAUGGUCUGUUAAACAUGGUGAAAGUGCCCAAAAUUCUCUGAACGUUUAAUAUAUGAACAAUAAAGUCUAUGAUUUUAACACAAUAUUUAAAAAAUCCGAUAACCUGGUUUAUUUAAAAUUCUGCAUUGGAUAACGUCAAAUGCAGCAGAAAUUCUGCGCGAUGUAACGUCAAGCGCUGCAGAAAUUCUGCUCGAUGAAACGUCAAGUGCUGCAGAAAUUCUGCACGAUGUAACGUCAAGUGCUGCAGAAAUUCUGCACGGUGUACCGUCAAGUGCUGCAGAAAUUCUGCACGAUGUAACGUCAAGUGCUGCAGAAAUUCUGCACGAUGUAACGUCAGGUGUUGCAGAAAUUCUGCACGGUGUAACGUCAAGUGCUGCAGAAACUCUGCACGAUUUACCGUCAAGUGUUGCAGAAAUUCUGCACGAUUUAACGUCAAGUGCUGCAGAAAUUCUGCACGCUGUAACGUCAAGUGUUGCAGAAAUUCUGCACGGUGUAACGUCAAGUGCUGCAGAAAUUCUGCACGAUGAAACGUCAAGUGCUGCAGAAAUUCUGCACGGUGUAACGUCAAGUGUUGCAGAAAUUCUGCACGAUGAAACGUCAAGUGCUGCAGAAAUUCUGCACGAUGUACCGUCAAGUGCUGCAGAAAUUCUGCACGCUGUAACGUCAAGUGCUGCAGAAAUUCUGCACGGUGUAACGUCAAGUGCUGCAGAAAUUCUGCACCAUGUUACGCGUAGUGUUGAAGAAAUUCUGCAGUAGUUUCAGAUAGGAAAUUUUAAGGGUCCUAAUCUAUACCGUCAUUUUCAACUCUAGUUUUUUAAUGUUUUUCUAUAUACGUCAGCAAUACUCUUCAUCCUGACGCUUUUUCCAUGCUUUUAAAUAAAACAAGUGAAAUGAACCUCACGGUUGGAAUCUAAGGGCUCCCAACGGGACCCAUAGCUUUAAUGAGUAGGUAAUUCAACUUACAAAUCAGACUAGGAAGAUACAAGACUACAAAUUUUAGUCUCUAUCGCUGCCUGUUCGGAAGGCAAAGCGGUACUGUCUAUCCUAACUGCGCUUCGCCCUUUCCUCAACGCAGCCACCAUUGCAUAGCCAUUGGGGGUUCCAGCAUCUAUAACCACGUCCCCUUCUCUGGAGAGGUUUUCUACAAGCCAUGUGUAGCCUUGUGCUGGGAAUGAAUUCAGGAAAAUCAAAUUUUCUUCACUGGCGGACAAAUGUCUCGAGGUUAUUUGCCUUGAGACAGACCAGUGUCCAACUACAAAGGUUUCCAAGGCUUCCUGUAAAUACGGACCUAAAAAAAAAUUAAAAUGAGUAUCAACAAUAUGAUAUAUGCGUAUUAUACACUUACUAAUUUCUUUCGACACUGCUGGAACGUUUUAAUUCACCAAACCUUACUAUAAAUUGUGCAUGUAAUACGCUCUCAAGGAGAAAGUUUAAAACAAGUUCAGAUUAUAGAAUCAUGAUAUAUAUUUUUGUUAACUCUACAAGUACAUCAAAUAAUUCAAUUCUGUUGACUAUGAGGUUUUUAAAACUUUCUUCUGAGGACAGUUGUUUAAUUCUAGAAGUAUCUUACCUUGUGCUGUAGUUGGAGGUUUAUUUUGGACGUAAAAGUAGCCAUGCUGUGCCAGAGUAGCGCCCUCUUUUAGCAUUUUUUCUUUAAGAUUUUUUACACCUUCAACCAUUGUAAAUAAAACAAUGUUAAAGGAUGUAAGCUUACAGAAAUUAAUGCGGGAAACAGUACUAAUUACAUCAUCAGCAUUCUGUGAAGAGAAAAAUAUGAGUCGUAAUAAGUAAAUGCAAACAACUAAAAGUUAUCCACAAAAAACAGGAUUUGAUUAGGAUUGUAGUAAAAUCCUGCAUGUAUUCGUUAAAGGCGAUUUUUCCGUGCCGUUCUCAGCCUAACUGGAACGUAACAUGAUUUUUUAUCAUAAAAAUGAAGUAAAUGUUCAUAUUAAGUUCAUUUAACUUAUCUUAUAACAUUUCCCGGUUAAAAUGAAACUUUUCGGAAAAUUAAAACAACAGAAGGCGACAAGAAACAUAACGUCUUAUGCUAACAAGGGCAAUUAAAAUAACAAUGCCUCGUCACUUAAUUCAUUUCUUUCCAAGUCACUCGAUAGUCGAACGGUAGCGGGAGAGUCUCACCUAGAUUUUUAUCUUACCUCGCACUGCUCCCCUGCUUCACCUAUGGUUAAAAACGCUCCCUCGUAAUGUGGCAACUUUGCCAGAUCGCUUUGUUGUACGUCUAACAGGCUGUUGCUAAAUACUACGAGCCCAAAUGCUCCCAUUUUUCCCUCUAUGAGGUCGGCCGUCUCAAUGACCUCUCCUGUUCGUAUUCUUUUUAAACGUUGCAAGUAUUUUUGGAAUUCGUGAGUCUGUUCAAAGUCUUUUCCCUACAGAUAGUGAACGAAUAACUCAGUAUAUCAACGAGGAUUUGCUCCAUGCAUGGAUUCUAAAACUGAAUUAUCGAAACGAAGGUUUUUUUCCUCAGGCGAUGGAAUUCAUAACAUCUAGAAAUGAAGGAAAUUUUAUGGGGAAGUUGAAAUAUUUAACUUCAAAAGGGAAAUCGCCACAGAAGGGCAAUAUGACAUAAUUUAAUUACAGAGUAAACAGAAAAAUUGUCAGUCAAAUAAGUCACUGAGUCACUGAGGUACGUACUAUUACAUGUCAACUUACAGCAAACUGCAACAACUUUUCAGAUGAUACGGCGCUUUUAAAUUCUUCAAUAGCCUCUUCCCACGUGCUGACCUUGAAGAAUUUAACAACGGCCUCCUGGACAGGUCUUAGAGAUUUUACUUCGGAGGCAGCAAAUUUCAUUUCUUCCAAGCUUAACUCGCAAGUUGCCACCUAAAAACGAUGAAUAAAAACAAGCGGAGAUAAUCAGCUUUCAAAUGUUCACUAUUUUUCUGAAAGUAUGAAACCUCUCCUCAACCACAGGGCUCAAAAGAGAAAAGAAAAAUCCAGGUAGAUACACUCCUGAUGAUGAUCGUGAUGAUCAUGACGAUAAGAAAAUUGAACAAUUGAAUUAAUAAAUCAUCUCAUACAAAUUUGAAGACAGGAUACACUUGAUAAUGAUUUAUAGGACAAUGUCGCACAUAUCUCACCUUUUUUAGAAGAAACGUUUGGUCUUUUACGGACAACUUGCAGAGGGGUUUUAACUGCCACUGCCUGAGCACAGGUUUCCCUUUCUUAACUAUGUCCGAGGCUUUAGCUUUCUGUCCUUUUAAUUGGGCAUUUUCAUGCAAAUCGUUUAAAUUCCUAAAGUGAGUCCAGCCCUCUCCUGACAGCUGUGCCAUGGUAAAGAUCUCACUUAGAUUUCUUUUCUACAAGGCAACACACAUUAAUGUCAGAUUAGUUUGCAUCAACAGUCAUAGCAAUAUCUCGCAGAGGUCAUGGGUUCAAAUCCCGUACGGGCAGGCCUUAUUUCAACUACUAGUUCAGCAGUGUUCAUAGCUGCGAGGAUCUCUUAUAUUCGUUUCUUCACCGCAGUGCACGUAUCUGAUUUUCACAUAUCUACAAUCAUUAGAGAAAUUGUCUUGGCGACUUAACACAACACUUUUCCUUAACCAUCACGCUCAACAUUCUUUGAUGCAUCUCAAAAGUACAUGUAGAUUUCCCUCAUUGCAUCAUGGGUAAUAGAAAAUUUGCUUGAAAUGCGUCCGAAUCGACCGAAAUGACAUAAUUUCAAGAUAGGAACCAAUUUCCUUCACUUUCUGACUUAAUUCUAAUAAGAAUUGGUUCUUAAAUAAAUUUUUCAAUUUUACCCCAAUGUUACGCUUUUGUACAUCAGAACUGUGCUACUGAUCAUAUACAAGGAAACACGCUCGUAUGCUUUUAUUAAGAGUUUGCUGCCUGCUGUGCAUUCACUGAGAGGAAAUUUAAGUGUCAAGUAAUAACACCUGCAAGUCGGUGGAUUACUUGUGAAGGUAACAAGUAUAUAUUUUCACAAUCUUACCGAUUUUUUAAGCAGACUCGAACACUUCUCUCUCCACGCUUCAGGAGGGGUUGGUGGAUCACCUGAAUAGUCUUCCGCUGGCAGGAAUAAUUGGGUGCGACAAAUCUCAACCUUGAAUAUUGGAAUGGAAAACAUUUUUAGUGACACAUUUGUUAAUAAUCCAAACUACAUAAAGUUUUGAAAGCAAAGAUAUAAACAGAACAGACUAAACUUAUAAUUAAAGGGGUUAAUUUCUUAAGAAACUACGGUGAUACGUCGAAAGGAGAGUAUGACAAGGCUAUUGGUAUUAUCAACUGAGUUGAUAACGUAAAUUGGUCACCGUAAAGAGUUCCAAGCUGAUGUAUCAAGCGUUAGCCCUUCGUCAGAGCUAGAAAUUCAAUUUAUAUAUUUAUAAUGAUUGAUAAUAAUUAUAGUAAUUUGAAAAAAAAAAUCUAAAAAUUCAUAAAACAAACUAAGAAUUGUUUUCAACAUUUGGCACAUUUCACAAUAGACAAAUUUUGACCUUACCUCAUUCCUGUACGUGAGCUCGUGACGAAAUGCCCCAGUUUGAUUGUGCAUGGCUCCUAACCACAAGGCUUCUUCAUCAUUGAGCCCAACAUAUAUCCUGGCCACCCUUCCGCUGUAGUUGGCGUCGUGAGGAAAUUUCUCACGAAGAUGUUUCGUAGCCAAGACAACAUGAGUUCCACCGAGAACUUCAUAUUUAUAUUCAUCUAUCUUUUCCAACUCAAACUGGUCUUUCUUGGUAAUUCCUUUUUCCAAGACAAACAGCGCUUCAUAAUUCCCAGAGGGUUGCUCACUCAUGUUUUUAAUCAACUGCUCAAGGAAGGCGGUGUCUACUUCUCUUAUCUGUCUUUUCUUUGGAGGGAGGAUUAAAUUGUCGGUGGAAAUUAAAUGUACCUUAUCUGGAAAUAAAAAAGAACGACAAUGAUAAUACUAUUGAUCAUUAUGUUACAACGAUGCUACCACUUCCACUAAUGAUAAUAAUAAUAAUAAUAAUAAUAAUGAUAGUGGUUGUAUCAAAGAUAACAAUAAUAAGAGUAAUAAUAAAUAAUGAUGAUAAUAAUAUUAAUAAAGAUAAUGAUAGCAAUAAUCCAACAAAAAUGGCAACAUCAGCACUUAAAAAAAAAAAAAGGAAAAAUAACUCAAAGAACAAAUACCUGUCUAUGUAAACCUUCGAGCGAAAAAUUUAAGACUUUACCCUAUUUUAAUCUGAUGAUGUGCAUGGUAUUACUCUGGUAUGAUAUUGAUUUUACAGGCCUUUUUGUGAAUGGUAAGCGGUUGCAGAUUUUUCAACCGCAUGUAAGUCUCACAUAAAAAAGCUAUAUGCAUCCUAUUUUGACCACAUUCAUCAGUUAACUCUAUUGAGCUUACAAUGAAAAUCAGGAUUGCAUGGUUUACAGUCUAUCAGGUAGCCAGAAAUUCUUGAUACAAAUGCUUCACUUAUUAUUCUUUCUCGAUCCAAAGCAGGUAACAUUUGAUAACAUGCCUGUUAUUAUUAAAUCUUACUUACUAUCUAGUUGACAUUCGUUGCACCUCUUCUGUAUACUUUUCCUAUAACUUCCUUCCUCCCUAUUGUGUCCCGAUCGCUUGCUUGAUUGUGAAGUAACGUCACAGAAGAGAGGAGUUAAAGACUGAGAAAGCUCAACGUUUGUAUGCGGCCGUUGUUCUGCAUGGGAAGGGUCAUGAUCCACUUCAAGUUCCUCCAAACUCUUUUUGAUCCCGUUAGCGAGUUCGUCGGCCGUUUUGGUCACAAUUUUCUUAAAUGAGUCGUCACUUGCAAACCUAUUAAAAUACCGUGGGUUCACAGAUCCAAACCGAUACGCGCCCCGUGAAUUUAUUGGAGUGAAUUCGAGCUGAAAGAAGAAUUGAUGAUAGAUUUUAGGCUUACAGUGAAUUGAUACAUCAGUAAUUUAGCCAUAACCUGGAUUGAAUGGGAAUUUAGAGUCCAAUGUCAGCAUUAAAUGUAUACUGUAUACUUUAAAUCACCUUGAGUUUCUUCUUGGGAGGUGAUGCUCCAGAUUCUUCAGCAACAGAACCUGAUGAGUCUUGGUAUGAUUCGGCUCCGAUUAUGUUUAAGAAAUUUUCCACUCUUUUUCCUCCUCUGUAUAAAUACGCGGCUCCCGAAUUCACUUUAAUGUACCACAGUUUCGCUUCAUUACUGCGCUUAUCUUUUGGAGGCAUCUUAAGUAGAAGGUUAGUUUACGACCAAGGCUGAUCAGUUCUGGGAUACACUCCUGAAGACCUUAAGACCUGAAGACCUAAAGACCUCUUAUCGCGAAUCAUCAUUGCCUUUUUUUAUACUACUGAGGGAACAAUAAUAGCAGUGAUGAAAAGAGUCGCGAUGAACUGCAUUUCCGUCAAAGCUUUUUACACCUUUAGAAUAAAUUAAAAAGGUGACAUUUUCCUGUGAGAACCAGUCGACGCAACUUAAAAGCUGCCUUGACACUUCCUGUUGUUUUUGUGUUAUAACUGUGAGGCCUUGUCCACGCUAUGCCUUUUAAAUUUUGGUAUUAAAUCGUCGUUUCCUUCCAAUCGUGGGAACAGUUAAUUUUGUUUUCGCCCACAGUCCAACGAUCUCUGGCGGUAUCAUCGGGCAUAUAUACAUAACUAGGUCUGAAUCAAACAAAAACCGCGGGCGUUUUGAAAAUGGCUCCAUGUUCGGUUAAUACUUGAUCAACUUAUGUGCACGGUAUGCCAGUCAGAGAUUUGAAGUAGCGAUUUGAAAUUUAUCCACUAUAAAAAGUGGAUACCACAGUGUUUAAAGGGGAAAAAUUCGCUGAAGAUUCCAUCUUUGACAUCAAAACCCAUGACAAGCCGUUCGAGACCUCCCAAUUCGUGCCACCCAUUAGGCGAAAAAAUAUGUUCUCACUAAGGCGAAGGAAUAAGAUUGCUUCGGACUAACUCUUCGAAAAAACAUUUGAAGAGGUCCUUUUGAAAUUCAAACAACGUUUCAAAGCAUGAGGGUACCCAGAAAACAUCAUAGGAAGGACUCUGUCGGGGUCAACAAUCGGCCCUUUCACGUACACAAAAGCCAAAAGGUCACGAACGAUUGUUGCCUUUUGUCACAACGUGCCACCAGACGGUCAAAAAUUAAAUCAUAAUAUUGAUGAAACAUUGAGUCUGAUACACAAUCAGCCCUUGCUGAAAACAAUUUUACAAAACCUCUGAUCAUCUCUUACAAAUAGGGAAAAUCCCUCAAAAGAUAUGCUUGUGAAAGCAAAAGUAUAAUUUGAAGGCGAUAAUACGACGCGACCAAGAAAGCCUCAUGGGGAGUCCGUGCCGGCCUUUCUUUACCUUUAUUCUCAAGAAAGAAAAAGUGUUUCAUUUCCUUUCUUCAUCUGACAAUUACCGGUGCGGCUAAACACACAACAGUAAAUGACAUUUUCAGUAGAUCAUCCCGCAGUGAAUCAAAGUUAGGUCUACUGGUGAAGUAUACGUAUACCGUGCUCGACAGCGCCAUGCCUUUUCUGGUUUUAAAAGCAAAAUUUAGAGGCGAGAAAUCGGGUGAACGAAACUUGCGAACGAAAGCCAUUAGCGUGUUAGUAUUGAUUUUAAACAGUUUGGCUAUUGUUCUACGGUGCAAAACAAAGCAAGAAAAACCGCCUCGCUUCCUUUGAUCUCUCUGAAAUAUCCACGGAUAUUUACCAGAGGAAAUCUUUACCACGGUAAGCACCAGGCUCGGUUAGUGUCGAAUACUCUCAGUUAAUGCAGCCUCCCGCGGUAAAAGUAUUUAAUGUCCCAUGCAAAUGCGCUCAACACAGGAAAAUAUAGGAGCCGAUAAUGUUUUUACCAUUUCUGAGAGCAUGAUCUGGCUUUAUCUCCACUAUAAUUCGCAAGCUGUCCUCUGUGUAAUUCAACCGAGGCAAGACAAAAGUAAUAUCUACCCAUUAUUUUAAAAACCGCAUACAUCCGUCUAAUCAACAUCUAAUGUAAUCGUAGAAUUGGGCUUUUGUCUGUUUCGUCCAUAUCAAAGGUAUACCUCUAGUGCUCUUGUCGGACCCUGCGUGGAGUUAUCUGGUACACCUAGCACAAAAAUGUUCCAACCGCUUUUAGCGAGUACACCAGAAAAAAGAUCGUCUAGUUCUGCAAGCCUCAUUGAUUUGUAUGAUUCAGACACCGAUUUAAGUAGUUUGGGAUCACCACAAAAGAGAAGACUUCCCAAUGAACCUGAGUGGGUUGACUUGGAUAAUUCAAGCGAACUUUUGAGUGCAAGCCCCCUUGUUCAUGAGGAAAUAAUCCCGGUUAACGAGAGUCAAUUAGAAAUGGAAACUUUACAAGAAAGCGAAACAGCGUGGCUUGAUUUAGAUGUCAGUGCCUCCAAAACUACAGGUAAUGAACUUGGCUCUUUUGAGUUCAAGAAGAUGUAAAUACUAAAUACGCAGUCAAUCCAGUCUCAAGAAUUUUUCAUUAACACCACAAAUUUAAUUUUAACUUAAGAUUGGUUUGAGGACAGAUCAUAAAUGUGCAAUGUAAUUUAAAGCCCCUAACUGAUCACGGAUUGGUGUCGCAGAAUCUAGCUGAACGCGCGUAUUGUGAGUCUUACUGUUUCUCCUGCUUCUCUUGCGCGGAGAAGAAAAUACUGGUUCGCAGGCUAUAUAACCAAAGUCUGUGUGAUAUGCUUUCAACGGUAAAUCCAUUUAUUUCAAGAAAAACGUAAACCUAGAUCCAGUUUAACUGUUAAUUGUAAAAUAACCUCAUAUUCGGAAAAAAUUAUAUGCAUGAGUGUCAACGUUAACCAUACGACGCCGACUUAUUGUCUUAUCACAGAUGCUACGAGUAUUUCUCUUCACGAUGCCGAUACUUCAUUGGGGCAUGACGAAACGCCGCAGGGUGAGGAAAUUUUGAUUUUCAAAUUUUAUAGUGAAGCUCGAAAGAGGGGCGUUUUUGAUCUCUGAGAAAAGCAACACCUUUGAAAAAAUUAUCCGGCCACAACAGAGAUCACCGCGUAAUCGAAUCACUGAAAUCACAAUUUUUUCUAACUGUACAGACAACCGACCGCAUCACAAAGCCACACUACAUACUUUCAAGUUGACUUUAACCCGUGCAUAAGGGUCCACUAAUCGAGAAAAUACAGCAAAACUACAGAGUACAAGGCCACUCAUUUACCUCUCGAUGAAUCACAACACAUCCUUUUGUGUUCUGCCUCAUUCUUCAAAGCAUGCCUACGAGUUGGACUUCUGUAGCCCUUUAUUCUGUUUUUGCUACAACUUCGUAAAUCUAAUGUCGGUUUUCUUAUCUGACACAGAUUUUUCCUGCGAUUCUCUCCACGAUGCGGAUUCCUCUUUGAAAGUUCUAGAAACAGAAAAAUGUGAACCAGAUUGUGCACCUCCAGGUAAAUAAGAAGCCAAUUUUUUUUUUCCGCUGACAUCAAUGGUAAGAAAUUCCAAAGACAGUCAUUUUGGUCUUCUAGUAGAUUUAUUUUCCAAGUUUCUGUAUACCAUGAAAUCUUAAGGUCAGAGUUCUGCAAAGUGUCGAUAAUCUAGUGAUUUUAAGGUAUGUACAAGCUCGGAAAAUUCGUUCCCUUGAGAAUCAAAAUAAUUUUUGGAGUCGCUUGACAUUUCUGAACAAACAUCUGGUACUCUAACGAAGUUUGAAAGGACCUUUCAGUAGCAAUUGUAUGAAAAUUUCCGACUGCCGGACAUUAAGACACAGCGUAAAAAGUAACAUCGAACACACAAUUACAUUAAAGUGAAACAGACAAGCAGGCAGUCAACGGCCUCUACAAGUUGCUCAAGCGUGCAAAAGCAAAUUUGGCCCUAGAAGCUUUAACUUUUCGUCACAUUCAUUGUACUUUCAGAUCAUCAUUGGCUCAUUUCAAGUGUCACAGGGAAAAAUGUUUUCCUUCACCUAUCAAAAUCAGAAAAUAAGUCGUACAUCUUUCAGUGGCUUACGAACAUAGCAGCAGCCACUGUGAAGUCAUUUCUUAACAAACACGUGGAUUUUAUCAUAACUGAUCGAGAGGAAACUGGGAAAAAGUCAUUUCGCAAUAAGCUAAAAAUCUCCAAUGAAAAACGAAGCUCUCUGAUGCUUGGAAUUGCAACUACUAAAGUACCAGCAAUAAGAGGAUCGUCUUCCGUUUUUAAAAUUGCGUCUACUUGGAACAUAAAAAUCUUAAAAUAUACUGAUCUAGUGUCUUGCAUGGAAGAAUACCAAUAUAAACCAAUCCGGCUGGGUGCACAAAUUAGGAUCAAUACAAUGGGCCUUGUUCAUGCACUUCGCAAUCCUUUCGUAAAAGUAGAGGAUCAGACAAGGAAAUACAGACCAGAUAUUGUUGAGAUGAAAUCAUUCCCAUACCUUGACUUUAAUAAUGAGGGAACAUCAUCACCAUUCGAUACUUGGUUUAGGCAAAAUAGAUUAUGAUUACCAAAAAAAAAAAGCAGAACAAUAAUACAUUAUUAACAGCUCUAAAGCCUUGACAUGCUGCAUUUCUCUCACCGUAAAAUACGAGGGAUAUCGGUUGGGUCUAUCUUUGUCGUAAUUUAGAUUAUCAAACAUAUGUAAUAAUACAAUGUAAUACAAUAAAUUGGCUUGUUUUAUUACGCUUUUGUUCGUUUACUGCGCAAAGGGCAAGUUAAUCAAUGUUAUUGAUCAAAAUUCAAGGUUACCUUCGUCUUAAGUGAUUAUACUUUCAACGAAGACUUGAACAAGUUUUAAUUUCCAUUUAAUAUGGUCCCAUAAUUUUUUCUCAAAUUUAGAUUUAUCUGCUAGACGAGACGAGGAAAUUUUGUGGAUCAUUUCCAUUAACUGUUGCGCAAAAAAGUGCAUGAGGCAACUGUCUGUAGAAGACAUAAGAUAUGCUGAAGCAAAGAAAAAGGCAGGAAAGCGAAACUAUUUUUUAGAGUACCUGCAUCAACACAGUAGCUCUGAUGAUUCCAAUGAACUACAAACUGAAUUUUAUGUAAAAGGAAAGAUUGUGUGUAGGGAAGCAUGGCUUCUUGCACACAAUUUAAAUAAGGAAACCUUUAGACGAAUUUGGGGAAAAUUUAAAGAUGGUGCAAAUGUGCUGGAGCAUGGGAAUAAAGGAAGGAAGUCAAUCACUAGCAAGACUGCAGAUUGCAUUGCCUGGUUGCAGUUUUUUGUUAGCUGUGUAGGGGACCACCAACCAGACAAUGGUGGCAUCAAUUUACCAACAUGCUUUACUAAAAGUGACAUUUACAAAAAAAUGCUGGAGGAAAAUAAAGCACUCAGUCAGCCAACAGUAUCCCUUUCUCAUUUUUAUGGCCUAUGGGAAAGGAAUUUUCUUCAUGUCACCAUUCCCAAGGUAAGUGGCAUCAAAUAUGCAAUAGUUUUCAGUAUGAUGAUGACUAACACUUACAGGUGUGUGUAUUUUACAAACCAUUUAUGUAAUAAUAUCAUUGCUGUUCCAAUACAUUAAUUUGACAAUGGUACCCAAAGAGAACAUGAAAAUGUGUUAAAUAUGGAAACCUAGAUAGCAAAAUAGGGGGCCCAGUAGGUCAUGACCACCUCUUAUCCAACAAUCAUGAGUGAAAAAAGUUUUAUUUUGUGGCUUUGUUUGGUCUGUAAACUGCUGAGAUGAACCAUGCCUAGUUUUUUUUCAUGUUAUACCUCAUACAUGCAGAAAUGAUCUAUCAAUUUGAAUCUUCUAGGAAAAUCGCUUUACAAAAUGCACAGACUGCACAAAAUACAAGCAGGAGAAAGAGAAAACUGUGGACAAAGCCAGAAGGGCUGAAAUUGAUCACUUGCUGAAGCUUCAUCUUGAUUUAGUCUGGUGAGAGAAAUGUUUAAAAAAGUACAGUUAGUUUGAUGAACAAAAAAUCUGUCACAUCAAAAGCAAUUCACUAGUCUUCUGGUCUUAAGAACUAAUAAUAAUUUUUCCUUAUAUCACUAGGCAGGAAAGGAGGGUGUACUAUCUUCACAGGUAUAAAGCCAGGAGGUACCCAUCAAAGUAUGUGGCAAAUAUUGCUGAUGGUAUGGACCAACACACCACAAAUGUCCCAAGUGUGCGCCGAAUUACCAAGGCAAUGUCUGCACUUACGACUGUGGGAACACACCUUGUUGGUUCCAUUAUUCACAAUGGACAAGCACAAAAUGGAAAGGAGAUUUAUGGGUCAUUUGACUACUACCAGUAUCCUCAUGACUCUAAUCUCACUAUGACAGUUCUGUUGGAAGUCCUUGUAAGAUGGUCGGAGGAAUUUGACCUACCACCCAUUCUCUAUCUGCAGUUUGAUAACUGUGUUAGAGAAAACAAGAACCGCUACAUGUUUGCUCUAUUGGCACUUCUGGUUGAAGAGAAAAUUUUUGAAAAAGUAUGUUAUCUUGGGUAAUUUUAAAAGAAAUGCAUUUGCCUUAUUCACAUUUCCCACAAGGCACUUUGUUCAAGCAUCAAAAUGUCCCAUUGCAAUGUUUUCAAGGUCCAUUUGGGUGGGAAGUUAGUUUCCAUUCAAUCUCAAUUUUUGCAACUACUGAAGGAAUGUAACCUGAAGUUGAAAUUUAAAAAAAACAGCACCACUUUCCCUUCUUGUAUUUCAGAUAAGAGUUAACUUUCUCCCAGUGGGACAUACCCAUGAGGACAUAGAUGCCUUUUUUGGGGUUUAUUCAAAGCACUUAGACAAACUGGAUGUUUAUACAGUCACAGGUAAGUUGUUCUAACAUAAAGUAAUUACUUCAAGGUACAGUUGGAGUAACUGAGAGGUUCAACAAUCAAAACUGCCUGUGCAGUGUGAUAAUCUUGUGUGGCAAAUAUUCACAUAAGUUAUCUAUCAAUAUAAAUACAUAGCAACUAGCACUGUGAUCAAACAAAUUUCUGCACGAGGCAAGAGCAUGGUUCAAAAUUUAGUCUAUAGAAAGUAUGAACACUUCCACUUGAAUUAACAGAUUAAAUGUGACAUUGACAUGUUAUAAAUUUGGUGUAAAUGCUUAUUUACAGAGUACAUGUAAGAUCUUAAUUUAUUUUACACUUCACUGUCACUUAGAAUUACUGAAGGCACUGGAAACAUGCAUGAAGAAUCCAACACCCAAGCCCUAUAUGCUCAAGAUGGUUUAUGACAUAAAAUCAUGGAUUAGUGAUUAUUGUGAGGAGUUACAUGAACACACAGUUCCAAAGUGCUUUAAAUUUACAUUGAAUGAAGGAUGGAAAAGCAGUUAUGCACUACAGAAAUUGGAGCCAUGAGCCAUGGAAAGAGCCCAUUGCAAUGCUGAAGGUUAGCACAUGAAAUUCUUAAUUAGUGGUUCCUGAGUCAUAGUUAAAAUAGUAACUUAAAAGCUUACCUGAUGUUUUCUGAAGUAGCAUUGGCACUGACAAUUUGUAGGCCUGAAAAAUAACAUUAAUGCUCCAAAUAACUGAAUGUUUGCUGACAUUACAUGUUAAGAAUAUGCUGGGUUUAAAUUGAUCCUCAAUUUAAAAUGUAUCUCACUGCUUUUCCCUGUCUUUAAGAUUGGGAUCAUAAUGUGUACAAGUCAAAGAAGAAUUAAAUGGAAAGAGAAAGCCCUUAUUAUUGUCUCUCAAGGAAAUUUGAGCCAACAAAUACAUUGCUAGACAUGGUUUGAUGCUACUCUGGUUUAAAGAUUAAUUUUGUUGAAUUUAACAGAUAAGUUACAAUUAUUUAAUAUUUAAACCAGAAUAAAAUCAAACCAUGUUUGAUUGUUCACCUGGCUGCCUUGUGAGAUUUAAUAUAUCAAAUUCAUUGUUGCCUUUUUUUGCUAUACUAGAGUUUACCCUCUGGAAAGCCAAAUACUGUGACUCCUUCCCUACAUAAACUGGACAUGGAGGGAUUGAAGAGAGAUAUUCCCACCAAAUAUCCCAAGAAUAUGCCCUUAAAAGCAUCUGAAGAGUGGGAAUCCUGGUUAGCAAAUACAGAGUUUAAUCUAUUAUCAGUACCUGACAACUACACUUGGCCAGUGGAUGAAUUGAAGAAUACUUCAAGGACUGUUUUAGCCUCAAAUGCUGAACUCCCUCAUGAACUUUUAGAGCUCAGAGAGAAAGAGAUCCAGCCUAUCACAGAGGUGAAUAAUAAUUAAAAUGCAGCAGUGGACACUAAAAAGCCAAGCCUUCAAAUGGUCCUACAGAUAUAAAAGAGAAAUAAUUAGAGGGGUCCAUUCCUCUAACCCCUUCUGCGUCCAGUUAUAGAUUAUACAAGUCCAACUUUAGAUAUAUAAUAAUGUACAUGAUAAAAUUACAUGCUUCUGAUUGGCUGAAAACAAGCCAAUUCUCAUGUAGCACAAAUGCAAAGUUGCAACAUGAGUGCAAAUUACAAAUAGGGCAAACACACUUUCAAAAUUUUGUCUGCACAUUGUUCUUGCAAUUUGGUCUACUAAGCACUUGUAAUUUUUCAAAUACCACGAAAUUGCACUUGCCCUUCGGACUCGUGCAAAAAUUUUGUUGUCUUUGGAAACUUAUUUGUGCUUAUUCACACCAAAUUGCACUAAUAGAAUAUGACACGGUCACAUAAUCCAUUACUUAUAAUUAAUCAAAGAAUAAAAUGAUAAGAACAAUUGAUAAUUGAUACAUCUCAGUCGAAAUGCUCACCUAAACAAGUAAAUUCUAAUGAAAUGUCUGUUGAAUAUUUCAGAUUUACACAGGCCGUUACAGGACCCCGAGGGAAAGGGAAGCGCCUAUUGAAAUGGUAGACGAUUUCCUCGCUACUCUUCAAGUCAGCUGCUUUGUGGCUUUGUACUUCGCCAAUUACGAUAAACUGCCCUGCAUUGGCAAGGUCCUGGCCGUCGAGGAGGACAAUUUUAAGGUGCAUUACUGGAAAGGCACUUACUGUGGAAAGUGGACUCCUCAGCAUGUUCCCCGACAAAAAUCCAGACCAUGGGUGGAGAUCCUUCCUAAGAGCUGUAUAGUGUGCAGUUCAUUUGAGCUUACGGAAGACAACAAGCUAAUGCCAUCAACAAGAAAAUUUCUCAAGGAAAGAUAUGUUGCUUUGAGGACAAUUCAAUCCUGAGUUUUUUCCUUUACGCCAUUCCUUUCUGAAAUUGGGCUUAGCACGUUGUGUAAAAUUACAUAGAGUGUCGUAACACAUGCGUAGUAACGUUGCUUUAGAACACGCAUGUACUGGAAUUGCGGCUUAAUGACUUGUGUGUUGCUCAGUGGUCUCUGCCUAUGUGGAGUUUACAAUUAAUUCUCUAUAAGUUACAGAGUCGAGUUAAGUUCAAAGCUAGGUAUUCUUUUUGCUUUGACACUGUUCAGCAAGAUGUGGUAAAUGAAUCCACCUACAUCGAUGAAGUCUUUUAUCGAUCGAGUCGUAUCCAGUUGCCACUCUGUGAGGAAAAUAUAUUUAUUUAUGGAUGUUUAUUUAGCAAUCGAUUUCAACCCGAGUCUCUCAUCUCGAGGCCGUAGGUAGGACAUAUAUAUAGAUAUAUAAGAAACCAAAAUUUUUUUCCCUCGAUGUCGAAUCUUCUAAGCCACCGUAUAUUGAAACUACUGAAAUGUAGCAUGGAUUUAUUGUAACUUAACUCUCCAUCCAUAAGGCCUCAAGGGCUUUCAUUACAGGGUAGGGUAAAUGCAAGAUAAAAAUAAGACAUUUUUUAUUAGUUGUAAUUUUUACAUAUGUUUUUGAGAUAGUUCAAAGGAAUGGCAGUAUAACAGAUUAUAUUUUCCUCUUUUAAAGUGGAAUCAAAUUGUUUGUGUGAUAGAUCUCAAAAUGUUAUGUCAUUGGAUUUAUUAUAUUUUUUCAUUUCAUUUAUCUGAUCGUGCAAUAAAGGGACGUGACUUGAACUGUUUAUUGUAUUUCUUACUUCCUUAACAGAUUAGUAUAACUACCACAUUUAUGAAGAUGUGCCAUUUGAUAGUUUAAUUAUUGUAAAUCAUAGAGUGAUUGAGGAUCACUGACCAAAUGUUGUGGAAUUUUUUAUUGACUGGUUUUAGUAAGAUUGCUAAAUGGCUGUAUUCAUCACUUGAUGAGUGUUUCCAGUAUUUCUGUGACAUCCAGUGGCUGAGUGAUUACAGAAUUUCUGUGACAACUUUUGACUGAAUGAUCGCAGAAUUUCUGCAACAUCCAGUGUUUCAGUGGUCACAGAAUUUCUGGGACACCUUGUGACUGAGUGAUUACAGAAUUUCUGUGACAUCCAGUGGUUGAGUGGUUGCAGAAUUUCUGCGACAACUUGUGACUGAGUCAUUGCAGAAUUUCUGCGACACCCAGUGGUUAAGUGGUUGCAUAAUUUCUGCAACAAGUUUUUAGUGAGGGGUCGCAGAAUUUCUGCGACAACUUGAGACUGAGUGAUCGCAGAAUUUCUGCGACAUCCAGUGCUUGAGUGGUUGCAGAAUUUCUGCAACAGCUUGUGACUGGGUGAUCGCAGAAUUUCUGCGACAUCCAGUGCUUGAGUGGUCGCAGAAUUUCUGCGACACCUUGUGACUAGGUGAUUGCAGAAUUUCUGCGACAUCCAGUGCUUGAGUGGUUGCAGAAUUUCUGCGACAGCUUGUGACUGGGUGAUCGCAGAAUUUCUGCGACAUCCAGUGCUUGAGUGGUCGCAGAAUUUCUGCGACAGCUUGUGACUGGGUGAUCGCAGAAUUUCUGCGACAACAUGGUACUGAGUGAAUGCAGAAUUUCUGUGACAUCUAGUGACUGAGUGGUUGCAGAAUUUCUGCGACAUCUAGUGGCUGAGUGGUCGCAGAAUUUCUGUGACAUCUAGUGACUGAGUGGUUGCAGAAUUCCUAUAAUAUCCAUUUCCUGAGUGGUUGCAGAUUACCUCUGCAUCUUUCCAUGGUUGACUCUUAACACAUUGUUUUUUACAGACAUGCUCAAUCUUGCAGGAGAAAAUAAGAUUUUUUAAUCUUUCUAAGAUUUUAUCCGCGAAAUUUGAUUAAUUUUGCUAGUUUUCCUAAACGUGCAGAGGAAAACUAUUGAUUUAUCAAAAAAUAGGCUAUUUUGGAAAACACAAAAUAGUUUGGAAAGCGUUAAUUGUUUUAAAAGAUGAAAAUGUACAUAACAGAAAGAUGCACAAUAUGGAAUUCUUUUUUGAAAAUUUUAACAUGAUCUCCAACAGGCGUGGUGUAAAUUGUAUUGCUCAACAGCGAAAUUUUAUUACUAUCUACUUUCUUGACGAAAAAAAGGGUGGCUUGCUAUAAACAUGGUUUUAUUGAGCAAAGGUGGAUAUUAUCAAAAAAUCAAACAAACAUAGUGGAGAACUAUGAUAAGGCAAUUUCAGGUGUAAUUUUUAAGAAUCAGACAAUGCAAGAACCUGAUUACCAUCUGCUAGUUAAUAAAUAUGUUAUUACUUUUUACAGAAGUAUCUUUGGCAAUAAAAUACAAAAUGUCACCAGCACGACUUUCAGUCAUGCCCGGGAACUGCGAUUUUUGUAAGUUCACUGCAAAUGGCAGUUCUUUAUCACGGUACCUACAAUAGAGCCACAUGUAUUGCAAUCGGAUAAGAUGCAGGUGUGAAGUUAAUUUAGAGUAUUAUAGUUAAUUGGGUAUAAUUUUUAAUUAGUUAAAGUCAAAGGAAAGGCUUGGGAAAAUGAGAUAUACAAUUUAUUAUAAUCUAACUUUAUUUUCACCUUCUAUUUAAAUUUGCAGGUUCAUGCACUACAACCUGAUGGCUGAGCUCCCCAUAGGCUUUUUUGGGCUUCUGCCGCACAUUAUCAGAGUGUAAUACUCCAUUAUAAUAAUUUAACUCGACGGCUUAAUAGGAGAUUUGGGGCGGAUGUUGUCUGAAUUACCUUUAAAAUAGAAAUUAUUUUCAAAUUGUAAUGUGGGUGAUGCAACCAUUUUAAUAAUUUUGUUUCCUUCAGUCUGUUAUGGUUCAGUUGAUCGAGAAAUUUUCAUUAAUGCCAACAUCUUCUAUCUAUUCCAAUACUGAAAUGAUAUGAAGCCUCAUUUAGAUAUUAAAUACCAUUGCCUAUGGUAUGCUUCGCGAGGCUCUCUAAUUGCUAUUAAUUUAUGAAAAAAUGCUUAUCAAUCAUCUUUGCCUCAACAUAGAUCACUAUUUUCUUGCCGAUUGUUUUCGAUGAUCUUUAUUAUUUUGCUCUCAUUGUUCUAACGAUGUACCCUUUCUAAUUUCCCCUUCUUUUUCUAAUUCCAGAACUCUGGACACCAACCUGAUGUGCUGCCACCUUGAUCUUUUCAGGCAGGAUGCCGAUUGCGAAUUUGCCUUCAAUGAUAACUUCGCAAGCUGUCACUCCAUGUUCCGCAACCUUGCUCCAAGGAGAAGUCUUUGGGUUGUCGGCCUUCUUUCGUUGUUUGGGUCUGUGUUUGUAGUUGGGUGGCAGUAUUUCCUCCCUGAUAACAAUAUGGUUCAGUCUAUUAUGUUGGUAAAUCUGGGUAUUUCAGACGGCAUCAUGGGUAUUUACCUCAUCAUUAUAGGUAUAAAAGACCUGCAAUGGUCAGGGGAAUACUACCUGCACGACUAUGAGUGGCGCACCGGCUGGUUUUGCCCUUUCAAUGGCGCCAUGUCUGUCCUUUCAAGCGAGGUGUCUGUUAUGAUGAUUUCUCUGAUUGCAUGGGACAGGCUCAAGAACAUUGUGUUUCCUUACACGUUUGCAAAAAUUACACCAAGGCAGACCCGUAUUAUGUGCGCAGUUAUCUGGCUGGUGGGAGGCAUUAUGGCAUUCCUUCCCUUGUCUGGAAUGCGAUACUUUGGUGACUGGUAUUAUGGCAAGAACGUGGUGUGCCUGCCACUGCAACUUUCCCCGCAGUUACAAGAAGGCUGGGAAUUCUCCACUUCCAUCUUUAUCAUUUUCAAUUUUUCUCUUUUCAUCUUCAUUAUGAUUGCUUAUCUUGCCAUCUUGUUGAAAUCAUGGUCGUCGAGCAGACGGCUGGGUGCGCAUGGAACUGUUCGUGAAAUACGAGCAAGAGCACAAAGUGCACAGGCUAAAAGGGAAAGAGCACUUGCCAAAAGAGUCUUCUUCAUUAUUCUGACCGAUUUCCUGUGUUGGAUACCAAUCAUUGCUAUCGGCAUCAAGUCGCACGUCGAAAAAACGUUUGAUCCACCUGGUGAUCUGGCAGUGUGGAUUGCAGUGUUCGCCUUGCCGAUCAAUUCAGCUAUCAACCCACUGCUGUACACGCUUUCUACUCCACAGGUAACAGUUUUCUCUUGCUUUGAAAUACGAUACACGGUCAUUUUCAGUCUUAACAGACACCCCUGCGAAAUGAUUUUUGAAACAAACACAGAUCGAUUAUCACCACUGUUUUCCAGAAAUUUUGAUACUUUCACUCAAAGGCAACCUCUCUCUUUUUAAAAUUUAUUCUUAUUACGACUGACAAAUUAUAUUUUGAGACCCUCAAGUUACAUUCGAUAAAAGUUUGUUUUUGUAUAUUUUUCGCGAAGUACCCCAGAAGUGGAGAAGCACAGUUUUUCUGUUUACUUCUUCACUGUUGGUUAUAAGCAUGGAGACAAACCUAAAUUUAAAUGCAAUUUAGUAAAUAUCUCUUUCAUUAACUGCCGCAUAAAUUGAUAAUGUAUAGGUGCAAGCUGUGUUGAAACCAAAACUGAGGAAACUGUGGUUCAAUGUUCGAUCUAUUUUCCGAAGUGGACAAAAUCAAGACGGUACGGUGCAUUUAUAUAUACCAUAAUAAGGCCUUGGAGGAGAUGAGGGUGAAAGUGGUGUGAAAUGGUAAAACAAACAUUGCUUUCCAAAAAAAAAAAAAACAGAAAACGAAAACAAACAGACAAAAAGAAAAUUUUUAAAAUCAAAGGCAUAAUAAACAAAAUGUUAUAACAGGUUUUCGUAAAGAACAGAACGUAUUGUAGAAGAGGCCGGCAAGAAAAGAAAUUAAUGCAAGAGAGUGACUAAAACUGUGGGAAGAAAUGGGGACUAAGCACUAAAUUUAUAAUGUCAAUAGGAGAAACGACCCGAUUAGAAAUCAUAAUUUAAUGUUCAUGAGCUAUUCCGAGUUAUAGCGGUUCAGAGAUAAAGUGCCGCAACUUCGGCGCGGGAAUGAACUGUCAUCGGUAUAAAGAGGAAAAACCGAGGUAGUAAAAAUCAGCGAAAAUUUUUCGAACUUCAAAGUGGGACAGUCAAUUUUAUUUUAUUUCAUUUUUAUUUUUUUUUUUGUGGGAGAGAUAUGGCGGCAAAGUAAAAAAAUAUAGAGCUGUUAGAUUUAUGCGCGAGGGAUGCAUUCUGUUUUUUUCCUGCUGAUUCGUAGCGGGGGGUUACUGUAUUAGGCAAAAUAAAACAAAAUGAUAUGAAACGAAAUGCAAAUUCUGUCAUUUGUGAAAAGAACUCAAAAUCUUUCAUUUGCGAACUGGAAAUCUGUAAUUUGCAAGACUAGAAGUGUGGAGAACUUCAAGGUCACCAGCCGGAAGAAGAAAUCUGUCGGUUCAUCACAAGUUUGGAUUGCAUAUGCAACCUAUUGUGCAAUGUAAAGAUAGUGCGCAACAAGCGGUAGAAACGGCCGAAACUUUAGUUUCUUGGGUUUUAUCAAAACUUCCUAAAUGCUUCAUAUCCCACGAAUGCACAGCUGAAGUAUCAACCAAUUGUUUUAUAACAUUGUCAACGCAUUAUGUUGCAUGUUGUUUUCUUACAAUUUGGGAAAAUUUCGAGAAAUACAGCGCGCAGUUAGUCUCAAAUAAGUCGUCUUUGAACAAUCACAAGGUCUAAUGAAACUAGAUAAGUUCAAAAACCUAUCCCCAAGCUAGAAAAAAAUUUGACAGUUUUUUGUUAUAAUGUACUCAGAAACCAAAAUUUUUAAAAUAAAAUUCGCAGUGCAUACUUGGCAAUCAGAUUUCAAAGUCACUUCUUAUAUACGUCGGGUUUGCCCAAUGAACGUGAACUGAAAGGUAAGUCCAAAAAAGACGUAAAAAUAUCAGAGAGAAACGCUUCAUUCAAAUAAAUACCAAGUACGCUAUGUAUUGCCGAAAAGAAUCAUAUUUCCUUGCGUAUGUUCGACCCGCGUUAAAGAUUCACAUUUCUGGGAUCGCCGUUUACUUGACUUCAUGGCCAGAAUAUUGCGAAGCGUUGUGUUCAAAAGUUAUCACAUCUAAAACAAAAUCUUCCUUUGCAGAAUACUUCAGGUAUGUUAACACUUAUAAAAAUAUAUCUAACGAGCAAAAGAAUGCCCCAAGAUAGCGAAGUCGACUGUUUUCAGCAAAUUCAGUUUCGUUUUCCAUCCAUGAUUCGGAUCGUGUUUGGGAAUCGUAGUAUUGCUCACCCGAGAGCUCUUGCCAUCGCUUUUAAGACUUAAAAGAUCAUCGCUUCCCAAACGAGUAUCCUUCCACAGAUUUACUUUUCAAUAAGAGCUUUUAAAGGUCUAUCUCAAUCGGGAUGGAAAGGAUAAAUUUCUUGAAAACCUCUCAGCCAAACUCGUCCGCAAGUUCGCAUUCAAUCGCUGAGGAAAAUUUUCAAUCUGGAGGCAUAUGUCUGCUGACGUCAUUAGCGUGUACAAUAGGAUUAUGAAGCACGCUUACGCUGUUGAAUUUGGGAACUUGAAUUUGUUAGCUAUGUUAUCAGUUCCUCUCUCCCACAAAUACUUUUUCACUCUCCAACAAUGAAUUCAAGAAACUUUCGCUAAUUAUUCUUCAUACCGAUGAGAUAGACUUCACCUUUCUCGCGCCGUAAUUUAGGCACCAGAUCUCUGAACCAAGCAAUAUUGGGGCAAAUGGAUACCACUUGUAAAUUAAACCUUUUUUAAAUAGAAUGUGAGCGUAAAACUGUGAACCAUUUUCAAAAUAUAGAUGGAUAAGCUUCUAAAGAUGCAGAUCUGACUUGAAGAAUGACUUUUUAAACUGAUGUUUGGAUAAGCCUUAAUCUUUGUUUGUAAAAGUUUAAGACAAUUUUUUUUGCUUUUUGUUUUUUUGUUGUUUUUGUUCUGUUACAUAGCGGAAGCAGGAAAUGAUCAGCAGGGACAGAUUAUGAAUGAAGAACACGCCAACAACGAAGAGGGUAAUAUAUGGUGAUUCCUUGUGUAAUUAAAAAUUAAAUGACUUCUCUCCAACUUGGUAGUGUUCAAUGUAUAAUGAUUUUCCCUUGUUUCUUCUUUUCCUUUUUAUUCCCUUUUUUCCCACAUUUUCUUCCCAUAGGAGAGCAGAUUGAAAUGCAAGAAAUAGAGCACAACGAAAUCCCGGAAGUGGAAGCUCCUGAAUCGCCUUUUCUGCAACCAGGUCAG